AGCCCUUGCGUUUUGUUUUUCUCUGCACUUAUACCCGUUUUCUUUACGACCCUUUUUGACGACCAGUUGACGUUGUUUGUGCUUCGGCUGCUAAAACUCCAAUGGCCAAUGUAUUUUUCGAUGUCGCUAUCGAUUCAAAACCGUCUGGACGUAUAAUAUUCAAACUUUUCGACGAUGCUGUGCCAAAAACUGCACGGAACUUCCGGGAAUUAGCUACCGGUCAGCAUGGGUUUGGUUAUUCUGGAAGCACUUUCCAUCGCGUUAUUCCCAAUUUUAUGCUCCAGGGUGGAGACUUUACUCGCAACAACGGUACCGGUGGAAAGUCGAUAUAUGGGGAGAAAUUUGCAGAUGAGAAUUUUACUCUUCGACACAACAAACCUGGUCUGCUGUCCAUGGCUAAUGCAGGACCCAACACCAAUGGAUCACAGUUCUUCAUCACGACUGUCGUGACAUCAUGGCUGGAUGGGAAGCACGUCGUCUUUGGUGAAGUACUUGAUGGGAUGGAUGUGGUGAAGCAAAUUGAAAAGCAGGGUUCGAGCGGUGGCCGGCCAAAAACUAAGGUCACCAUCACCGCGUCGGGAACCGUAUGAAGUUGUAAAGGCCACUUAGAAAACUUCAUCAUCGUUUAAAACCAUGCGUAACUAUUACAACAACUACAGAGGGAGUUGUCGAUUCUUGGAUUUACUUCAUUUUCAAUUCUUCAUAAUAGGGAAUGGUUUUUUGUGGUAGAUGACACCAACGACGCGUUUACAAUUGCAGGGACAAUGGAUUGCCUUCAAUAUGAUUUUUUUCCAAGGAAAA